AUGAAAAGCUUAAAACAAGCACUUCAACACAAACCUAUAACAUUAGUAAUUAAACGUAUUCUCUUUGUUAAAGGAUGUAUUGUUUCAUGUUUGUUUCCUAUAUUCAAUAAUAUUAUAGAUGAUUUUACAAAAUCAUUUCCUGAAAUAGAAAUUUCAUAUAUCGAACCUCCUUUAAAUAAAUUGAAAGGAAUAACUGGAGAAAGUUGGACAAAUGAAGUUUUAUCAGCUACUUGGAGUAGAACUGGAAAUCCAGAUUGGAGUAGAUCAAAAUAUGUAAAACAUCUAACAAUAAAUUAUUUUUUUGAAAUUGGAAUACAAACAAUAAUUAAAAAUAUGCAACCAAAUGAUUUUGUUCUAUUUGCUGAAGAUGAUCAAAGUUAUUCAAUAAAUGCAUUUGAACAUAUAUUAAAAUUAAUGGAAAAAAAUCAACAAAAUACAUGCUUUUCAAAAAUAGCAAUUGAACCAUAUAAAGAAUAUUAUAAAAAAACAAUAAACACUUUUGAAGUACACUUAUGGGGUGCUUGGGGAAAUUUACGUUCUAAAAACCAAAUAGAAAUAUUUUUGAGAUAUUUAAAAUUUUCAAAUUUUGCUGAAUCAGAAGAUACAUUAGGAAUUUAUUUGUGUAAGAGUUUAAACCAAACAGUGGAAGUUGAUUGUGUUUCAAAACAUUUUGGAAGAGAUAUACGUUUACCAAAAAUAUAA